AUGAUAGCCAAAGACGGAGAAACACGCCAACUCCCCGUCACCCUGCUCUCGGGGUUCCUGGGAAGCGGCAAGACAACCCUCCUUGAACAUAUAUUGAAAUCCCCCUCCCACGGUCUACGCAUUGCAGUGAUUGUUAACGACAUGAGCUCUCUCAACAUUGAUGCAGCCCUGAUAACGCACCAUAAAGUCUCCCAAACGAAAGAAAAGCUCAUUCAGCUGCAGAACGGGUGUAUAUGCUGUACAUUACGCGGGGACUUGCUCGCCGAGCUGGCACGGCUUACCAAACAGAAAGAAGUUGAUUACGUUGUCAUCGAGAGUACGGGUAUUAGCGAGCCGAUGCAGGUAGCUGAGACUUUUACGGCGGAGUUUAGUGCUGCUAUGCUGGAAGUUGAAGGGGCCCAAGAUGUUGAGGGUGAGGGUAAUAGCGGCGCGAGUGGAUUGGACGAAGACGAUAGGAAAGUUUUGGAAGAGAUAGCCAGAAUCGGUGGCCUGCACACCCUCGCCCGCCUCGACACAACCGUCACCGUGAUCGACACCUUCAAUCUCCUCUCCAACUUCGAUACAGCCGAGUUCCUAAGUGACCGAUACGGGUCCAACGCAAUCAUCCCUGAAGAUGAACGCACGAUUUCCGAUCUUAUGGUCGACCAAAUCGAGUUCGCUGACGUGCUGAUCAUGAACAAGAUCGAGACUGUGGACGAGCAGACAAAGAACAAGAUCAGGCGGUUAAUUGGAAUGCUGAAUCCGGAUGCGAAGCUUAUCGAGACGAGCUAUAGUCGUGUUGAUGUGAAAGAGAUUAUUGGGACGGGCAGAUUUGAUUUCCUCAAGGCUGCGAGCGGGGCGGGAUGGUUGAGGAGUUUGCAUGAGAUGAGUGUCCUUACGACUGGAGUUGGGAAAAGGGUUGCGCCUAGGCCGGAGACCUUGGAGUAUGGGAUCAAUAACUUCGUCUACAUGGCUAGACGGCCAUUUCAUCCACGUCGACUGUUCUCUCUCAUCCACGACAAAUUCAUCCUCCUUCAAUCCCUAAACAAAGACGAGGAGGAUGAGAAGGAUGAGGAGGAUGAGUAUUCCAACGCUAACACCUCAGAAUCAGGAGAGGAAGACAGCGAUACUGAAAUCACUGACUUCUCCCAGCCCGAUCAAUCCCUGAUCCUCGCCAACAAGCGCAAAAGUCCCUUCGGCCCCAUCCUCCGCUCAAAAGGCUUCUUCUGGCUUGCUACUCGACCCAGCCACUUUGGUGAAUGGAGCCAGGCCGGCUCCAUGUUGACAGUUGGCUGCGGAGGACCAUGGUUCGCAGAGGUCCCUGACAAGGCAUGGCCAGAGGAUAAAGAUGUAAGAGGUUCUAUUGAGCGGGAUUUCCAGGGUGAAUGGGGCGAUAGGAGACAGGAGCUUGUGUUUAUCGGCGAGGGGCUGGACGUGGACGCUGUAACGAAGCUGCUUAAUGGGUGUCUGCUUGAUGACAAGGAUAUGGCAAGGUGGGAGAAGGUUAUGAGGAGUAAGAAACUGUCAAUGAGUGAGAAAGCGGAAAAGUUGGCAGAGAUGUGGGAGGAUGGGUGGGAAGACUGGCCGGAAGUUGAGAUGGAGAUGUAG